CAACCAACCGCCAAAAUGACCAAGAGAACUAAGAAGGUCGGCAUCACCGGAAAGUACGGUACCCGCUAUGGUGCUUCCCUCAGAAAGCAGGUCAAGAAGAUGGAGGUGACCCAGCAUGCCCGCUACACUUGCACCUUCUGCGGCAAGGUUACUGUCAAGAGACACUCUGUCGGCAUCUGGGACUGCAAGUCUUGCAAGAAGACUGUUGCCGGUGGCGCUUACACCGUCUCCACCCCUGCCGCCGCUGCCACCCGCUCGACCAUCCGUCGUCUGCGCGAGAUCGCUGAGGUUUAAGCCAUGAUAUCCAAGUCAUUACAGCAAUCCAUCCACGGUUUUCUCGUUUCGAGGUUCUUUUUCCAUUGGGCAAUCGCGGCGUAAAAAAUCAGCAAGGACUUUUUGACGAAGGGAUGAUGUAGCUAAGAAGGAAAUACCCAUCCACGCUGGCUUCUUCGAUAUGCUGGGAUCCUGGGAACGAAUCAAAUGAAACUCAGUCAUCCUGCCCAAACACUUAUUCCACGAACUCGUAUCUUUAGCCGUCCAUCGGUCUACCUAAACAACUGGCCGCGUAAACCCCACAAGGGCUGUCGCAUUCGUUAUGGAUGCCAUUUCCGAUGUGGCAGCAUUGCGCAAUUUGUGCCCGCCUUCGGAAAGGCCAGCCUGCUCUUUGUUCUCUCGCGCACAACCGCCUUAAGUGAAUCUUUGUUCUCCCCACUGCAACCAAAGUGAAAGCGCUCAGUUAAUUGUCAAGCAUCAGAUCCAGGGUCCAAAUAUACAAUAGUCAUUUUGAG